AUGGGCCAGAGGAGCGGCAGGCGCCCGGGCAAGCUUGGCAGUGGGGGACAAGGCGGCCCCGAGGACAUGACGGCUUCUCCCCUAGACCCCAAGGACCAGGAACUCUCGGGAAUUGAGAUCGGCGCGGCAGGGUUGCGGGAGCAGGGGAGGACACGGGAUGAAGAAAAGGAGGAGGAGGAGAAAACUCCUUCAACACUCUCACGGGACCCUCAGUUCCGGGGGGCGCAGUUACUACGGGCGGGGAGAACUAGCGGGGACAAGGACAGCACAGAGGGGGAGGAGGAUCCCGAGCUGUGUCCGCCCCCGCAGGGGAGGUCGAGCCGCACCGCGUCCCUGGUGAGCGGGUUGCUCACCGAGUUGUACAGCUGCCCCGAGGAGGACGAUGUCUUGGGGGGCAGCUGGGACCGGGGGCGCGGGGGACGGCAGGACAGCGUGGACAGUUCCACUGAGGCCUCGGGCGGCUCCGACGCCUUCCUGGGCGGCCGCGUCCUGCAGGAGCUGCUGGGGAGGCAGAGCCAGAGGCACCAGAUCCAGUACCUGAGGCAGAAAGAUAUUGGUGAACUGAAGGCAACCCUUCGGGAGCUGACGUACAGCAUCGCUCUUCAGUCGGCAAAGUUGCUUCGUCACCUGAAGCAAAAAGAUCGGCUUCUGCACAAAGUGCAGCAGAACUGUGACAUUGUGACUGCAUGCUUACAGGCAGUAUCCCAGAAGAGAAGGGUUGACACGAAGUUGAAGUUCACUCUUGAGCCAUCUUUAGGUCAAAAUGGUUUUCAGCAGUGGUAUGAUGCUCUCAAGGCUGUAGCCAGACUUUCAACUGGAAUACCAAAGGAAUGGAGGAGAAAGGUUUGGUUGACCUUGGCAGACCACUACUUGCACAGUAUAGCCAUUGAUUGGGAUAAAACCAUGCGCUUCACUUUCAAUGAAAGAAGUAACCCUGAUGAUGAUUCCAUGGGAAUUCAGAUAGUAAAGGAUCUUCACCGAACAGGCUGCAGCUCGUACUGUGGCCAGGAGGCAGAGCAAGACAGAGUGGUGUUAAAGAGAGUUCUGCUGGCCUAUGCCCGAUGGAACAAAUCUGUUGGGUAUUGCCAAGGCUUUAACAUCCUGGCUGCGCUUAUCCUAGAAGUGAUGGAAGGCAAUGAAGGAGAUGCACUGAAAAUCAUGAUUUACCUCAUUGACAAGGUGCUUCCAGAAAGCUACUUUGUUAAUAAUCUCCGGGCAUUGUCUGUGGAUAUGGCAGUCUUCAGGGAUCUCUUGAGAAUGAAACUUCCGGAAUUAUCUCAGCACCUGGAUACUCUUCAGAGAGCUUCAAACAAAGAAGGAGGAGGUGGAUAUGAGCCCCCACUUACAAAUGUCUUCACUAUGCAGUGGUUCCUGACCCUCUUUGCUACAUGCCUCCCUAAUCAUACAGUUUUAAAGAUCUGGGAUUCUGUCUUCUUUGAAGGUUCUGAAAUCAUACUGAGGGUAUCCCUGGCAAUCUGGGCAAAAUUAGGAGAACAGAUAGAAUGCUGUGAAACAGCUGAUGAAUUCUACAGCACCAUGGGAAGACUGACCCAGGAGAUGCUGGAGGACAAUCUAAUUGAAAGCAAUGAACUCAUGCAGACUGUUUAUUCCAUGGCCCAGUUCCCUUUCCCUCAAUUGGCAGAGCUAAGGGAGAAAUACACCUACAACAUUACUCCGUUCCCAGCCACAGUCAAACCCACUUCAGUUUCUGGGCGGCUUGGCAGAAACAGAGACAGUGAUGAAGAGAAUGAUCUAGAUGAUGAGGAUGCUAUUGUCAAUGCAGUUGGAUGUCUUGGACCUUUCACUGGAUUCCUGACCCCAGAACUACAGAAGUAUCAAAAGCAAGUUAAAGAUCCAAGUGAAGAACAGAGUCUGGGCUCUAAUAACAUUGCUGAGCUGAGCCCAGGAGCAAUUGAUUCCUGUCGCAGCGAGUACCAUGCUGCCUUUAACAGCAUGAUGAUGGAGCGCAUGACAACAGACAUCAAUGCCCUAAAGCGGCAAUAUUCCCGAAUUAAAAAGAAGCAGCAGCAGCAGGUUCACCAGGUGUACAUCAGGGCAGGCUCCAAAGAAGAAAAAGAUCUUGGAGUCUUGUUAAAUUCCAAGGACCACUUAACCAAUGAUAAAGGGCUAGUGACCAGUCUCCUCCCAUCUCAGGUAAAUCAUUCUCCAGUUAUAAAUCACCUUCUUUUGGGAAAGAAAUUGAAAACAACUAACAGAGCUGCCAAAAAUGCGGUCAUCCAUAUUCCUGGUCACACAGGAGGCAAACUGUCUCCUGUUCCCCAUGAAGAUCUUAAGACCAAGCUCAACUCUCCUUGGCGUACUCACAUCCGUGUUCAUAGGAAGAACAUAAGCAGGACCAAGAGCCAUCUGGGCUGUGGGGACACCAUUGGGCUGAUUGAAGAGCAGCAUGAGGGCUGUAAGACCACCAGCCUGGGAGCAGCAGAGGAUGUGCCCCCCACCGGUGUAGAGAAGUCUGGGAAAGAUGGUGGCAGCUCUGAAGACAGCAUGAAUAGGACAAUUGAUGGGCAAUCUCCUGAGCCUGUGUUUAGAGAUGCCAAUGCAAACGUGGCAGAGGUCCAGUUGAAGUUAGAAGCUUUGGAACUAAAUGAAGGGAGUGCUGCUGAAACAGAACCCAGGGCUAACCAGACCUGCCACCAGCAUGGACCUGAGCCACAGCUCCCUGUCAAGCCUCCCCAAGCCAGCUAUCCAAAAGCACCCGUCUUUAGCCCAUUCCCGAGUGUCAAGCCACUUCGGAAAUCAGCCGCAGCCAGGAAUUUGGGAUUAUAUGGCCCAACAGAAAGAACCCCAACUGUCCACUUCCCCCAGAUGAGCAGAAGCUUCAAUAAAUCUUCCAGUGGUAACAGCGGUACCAAAAAGCGAUGAUGUCCUAUUAGUGCUGUAUAAUCUGGGUCAGUCAUUUUUCAUAGUGUUGUGGGUGUUCAGUCUCACAAUCUCCAAAAGAGUUUUUAUUUUCCAGGUUAAAGAAAAAAACAAAACAAAGGGACGGGCAAAGAAGAGUGCAAAACCAGCAUUAUGAGAAUUGUGAUUCUCACAACAGGAACUAGAGAGGAGAGUUGCAGUGUGGGACAACCAGUGACCACAUCCACCCAGGAAACAAAGGGAGUAAAGAGGAUUUUGUGGAACUGUAAACUUGUGUGGUUUUAGUGUGAAGUAUGUUUCUACUUUUUCAUUGUGAGCUGUUUAGAAAGGUUUAUCUUACUCCAGACUGUUAACCCUUAUUCCUUCCUCCUAUGCUAUGGGCCUCUAGGGUCCCAGUGACCACUCCCCAAACCUCCAGUUUGUAUAUUUUAUCAGCAUUCACACACAGGUACACAUUUGCUUGCUAUGACAAGAACUGUGGAAUAUAAGAUUUCUCAUCAGUUUCACCAGCUUCCUUU